AUGAGGCUGGCCAUUCUCGCUAUCUCUCUGUUGGCAGUAGCCUACGCUACUCCGGUCGUUAUAAGUGAGGAACGAGUCAACGCCAUCUUGGAGAAGUUGCGACGGGCUCAUGCCAUCGGUGAAUUCGCUGUGAACACACCUACCGGAAUUUACCCAAUCAAGGACAUCAACAAGAACAACUUCCGUCAGAUCUUCAAUUUUGCUCCAUUAGCUACCAAGGAGGGAGAAACAACUGAAGUCGAAAACCACAAAGCAGUGGCUGAAACCAACAUCGAUGAGAAGCUGGCCACCUCCGACAAAGAUCAGCAUGCCCCAGUUGCUGAAGGCAAGGAAGCAGUUACAGAACAAGCGAAAAGCACGGAGGUUACUGCGGUGACUGAAGAAAAAUCGGCGGAAGCUAGUAAGGAGAAAGCGACUGCCGAAUCCUCUACCUACGCCGAAAAACCCGAAACCACAAAAGCAGUCGAGGAAUCUUCUUCACAUGCAGAGAAGAUUGAGACUACGGAGACGGCGGCAGGGGGUGCAGAAAAGGCUGAAACCACAGAAGCAAAGAUUGAAUCCAAAGAAGUUACCGAAGCAAAAUCCGCAGAGGGAGGUGAAGUUUCAUCGACUGCUACGGUAGUAACUGGGAAGUCUUCAUUGGAGGCUGCCGGUGAGCACGCAGCUGAAGCGAAGAGUGGCGAAUCAACUGAAAAGGCAGGUGCUACGGUUGUUGAAGCUAAAGCUGGAGGUGAAGGAGCAGCCAGCCGAGUGGGUGAGGCAACAGCAGAAGCUCAUGGCGAAGAGGGUGCGACAAAAACUCUGACUGCUGGUCAUGCAGAGGCUUCCUUUGUAAAGGUGGGAGAAGCGGGAACUGUUGCUACUGACAAGGUAGAAGGAUCAGGAGAUGUACAUGAGGGCAGUGGCACUCUGGAAGAGACUCCAUCACCACCUGCUGAUACGACGACUUUACUCACUGGAAAUAGCCACGAAACUGGUGCAUCCGCGGAAGGUCAAGCUCUUCCCACAAUUACGAUCCCACAAAAUCCGGAAGAACCAUAUAUCUACGUUCCAGUGGAGUCAUACAAAGGUCACAAUCUGCCUAAAGUCAGCUAUUUGCUAAUUCCGAAGAAAUUUGAGAGUGAAAUCUCUGAUUAUCUUACGGCCAAGACGCACUAG